UCCCACCUGGUGUGAUGGGAUUAUGGGAGGACUCUGUCUGCAUUUGCCAGGGUCCUUAGCAUGCCAGUCACUCAAAAUUUUUAGUAUCCCUCCUGGGUAUAAGACAGUGCUAGAGAGCUUGAGUUCUGAAGCCAGACAGGGUUCAAAUCCCAGAUUCAGUGCUUAUUAAUCGUGUGACUGAAUAAGUCACCUAAUCCUUCCAAGGCUCUGUUUCCCCAGGUGUGAAAUGGGUAUAAUAGAGGCUACGUACCCCCUUAGAGAUGACGGGGUAAUUGCAAGGAUUAGAUGCCUCACUCCCUCUCCUGCUUGUGAUAAAUAGUCACUAAGUUUUAGCUGAUGACCCGGGGGAGGCACGGACACGAAGACCGGGACCUUCCGCUCCGACCGCUUCUUAAUGAAGAGCAUGAGCGCGGGCAGGUUCAUCUGGGUCCACACUUUUCCGAGGACACUCGGGCUCCCAGCUCUUUUGUUAUUCUCUGCUCUCCCGGCCCGGCCCAGCAGGGAGAAGACGGAGACUGUUUGUCCUGUGCCACAAGGGUUAACCCCAUCUUCGUCCGCUCGGGCUGCGAGAACACAACACCAUAGACUGGGGGGCUCAUAAACAACAGCAGUUUAUCUCUCACGGUUCUGGAGGCUGGAAGUCCAAGGUCAAGGUGCCGGCAGAUUCGGUGUCUGGUGAGAGCCCGCUUCCUACUUUCUAGAAGGCCGUCUUCUCGCUGUGUCCCCACAUGGAGGAAGGGGUCGGGGGCUCUCUGGGCUCUCUCCUAUAAGGGCACUAAUUCCAUGCACGAAGGCUUCACGCUCGUGACCUAAUCCCCUCCCAAAGGCCCCACCUCCUAACACUGUUACAUCAGGGAUUAGCUUUCAACUUGUGAAUUUGGUGGAAGAAACACAAACAUUCAGCAUUCAGUCUACAGCACCCCACAGCCAGAGACGGGCAGGGCUAGCGCUGCCCAGGCCCUUAGCCCUCACUGAUUCCAACUCACUCACUCUGCAGACAGACUGGCCAAAUCAGGGUCCCGAGUCACCAGUGAUUAUAAAUCAACGUCUGCCUCCUAUCCUCUUUCAUCAGAGACACAGCCAUCAUGAUUUCUUGCGGGCACCUGCACCUGUAUACACACCUCCACCUUUUUCCAGGACAUCUGCCUUUCUCUCCUCAUGCACCUGCAAACUUGGCUACAGAUCAUUCUGUGGGUCAGCCCACGAGGGCAGUCACUCAGGAGGCUCAGGACCCUUGCUCUGCAGAUGCCUGUGACAUCGCCGGCUGCCCACAGCCCCCUGUGACCUCACCACCUGGACAACUCAGCCCAGUGAGGCCGUGGCCACUCCCUCAACCAGCACAAGUGGCAGAGGGCCUAGAUGACCACUGAGCCCUCGGAAGAGGCCGGAGCCGCCAGCAUCCCCACACCGGGUGACGUGGCCGACAGCGGAUCUACGGAUAGCCCAACAGGAAGUUCCCAAAGUCAGGUCCCCCUCAUUGCAAACGUCCCGGUGGCUAGCAGCGCUGCAGCGCCAGCCGAACAGCAGGAUGUAGAGCAGGCCCCUAUCGAGUCAGCCACCUCUGAGGCCACAUCAGCGUCUGGGGACAAAGACGAGCAUGAAGCUGCUGCAGGGCAUGACCAGGAGCCCAAGGAGGCCACUGCGCUGCUUGCCCGCCCAGCCCCAGAAGCUCUGCAAAUAUCUGUAAGCCCCCAGAACGCAGGAUGGGGUGGGCUGGUGCAAAAUUUGAGGAUGACUAAGAGUUCCAGGGCUUUCCAACAUGACUCCCUGGGGAAGGAAAAGACACCACAAAUGGCAAGUAUCCCACACAGGGAGCAGGAACUAUCUCCAACGACCCCAAGUGCUCAGGUAUGGGCCCCCCAAAAUGUGGAGGCUCAGCCCGCUGUGAGCACUGCAGACGCCUUUGACCAGCUUGACACUGGGGCCGCUGGUGUCACUGAAGCUGUCAAGGAGAAACCUGAUGGUCCGAAGGCCUUGAACGCUGACACUGAGGCUUUGCCAUCAGCCAAGUCCCACACAGUGACUGAGGACGACUUGGUGGCCCGCUCAGGAGACCUGCAGCCUGGGCUGUUGCCUCCCUCCCCAGGAGGCAGUGCCCCACCCUUGCCUGCCCCUCAUGUAGUGGCCCUGGGGAGGAGGCCCCUGGACUGCAGCCUGUAUACAGCCAGCGAGGAGAACUACAUGCGCUCCAUGACCAGCUUGCUGGGCGGGGGCGAGGGAUCCAUCAGCUCCCUGGCAGACAUCCUGGUGUGGUCUGAGACCACCAUGGGCAUGGCCACAGGCUUCCUGGCCUCCGGCCGUGGCUCUGUGACAGACCUGCUGUACAGCACAGGGCCCAGCCUGCGCUCCAUCUCCAGCAUCCUGGGGAACGCCAGUGCAGCCUUCUCCUCCGGGCUGGUGGCGGGGACCAGCUCAGCCCUUCGCUCCAUCACCCACAUGCUGGAGAGGGUGGAGCGAAGGACGGUCGAGGGCAUCCACUCGGCUGUGCGCUACCUGACCAGCCACCUCACCCCACACUGGGCCCAGGCCGGCCCCAACUGCAACUAG